AUGUACUCCCUAUGGAAGGAAGUCAGCGAACAGAUAAAAAAAAAAGCGGAAGAUUUAAAUAACAGCCUUCAAGAAUUGAACUCUAGCGGCAACCACCCUUCAGGGGGGACCACACAGGUUCCCCCAGACACGAGCCUAAAGAAUUCCAUACAGGAGAAAUUUCACAUCAUAAACGACAAGUACAUCAAUGGGAAGGAAUUCCCAGAGCUCCAGUAUUACAAUGAAAAACUUCUCAGUGGGUUUAACAACUUUAAGCGCAUUGUGGGGGACAUCUACAAGGACAAGCUGAGCAGCGCUAGUGAUGGUCUCCUUCGUAGUGAUGGGGAUGUUGGCCGCUCGGAGGGGCAGAAGUUUUACCUGUCCAAAAUAGUACCCUGGAAAAAGGGAGACAUUAUGAUUUCAAAAAUUUACAGAAAAAAAUACAACGAGGGAUUCCCCAUCAAUUUGCCUGACCCAAAUUUAAACUCAUAUGUAUACCAAAAAAUUUUAAAAUUAAAUGUCGACCGAAAUAAAAUUUUACACACAAAUAUACUGCAGAAUUACAACUUCUGUUGGGAUAAAAAAAAGGAACAAAGUGAAAAAAUAAUUUUGGAAGACCCAAACUUGGAACAAACCAAAAGAUUUCUUGUACCCUUCUACAUGUCUGAGCUGGAUUUCUGGAGGUCCUACUUUUUCAACGUUGACAUUAUAUACAACGAAAUUGCGGACGACAUCUACGAGAGUAGGAAGAAUUUCCCUGACGGGGAUGGGCCACUACAUUUUGUGCCUCUUCCAUGUGGUCGCACGGGGGAGGGGAGGGCAUCUCCCAUUGAGGUGACACCACCAGAUGCUGCCAACCAGUGGACCCCUCCCACGAAUGGGGAAGCAAUCACCGUGGAAGGAACAACAGAAGAGGUACACCUAACGAAUCAGUUGAUCUCUCCAAAGUUGGAGCUCCCUGCGGAGGAGAAGGAGGCACCAGCGGAGUGGGAGGAACACAGAGAAAACUCCGAAAAUGUACACCGAAAAGAAGAACCGAAGGAAGAAGCAAUCACAGCGGAAGUGCAAGGCACCUCGAAUUUGGCUAGCUUCCCAAGUUUGAAUAACUCAGAUUGGCUGACUCCUUCAGAAAGGCAGGGAAAGGAAGGCGACCCGGCCCGUCCACGUAGCACCGAUGGGAAAAUACCCGAUUGUAACUCUGCAUCCAAACCGUGCAACAAAACUGAUUCGAUAACACCUAAGGAUGACACCACUCUAAUGAGAAAAACCCAAAUCAACGGACUCAACAUUUACAUGGACAAUGAUGUCUUCGUAAACCUUAGAGACAAAUCAGAAGCGUUCGGUGCGCUCUUGGCAGACACGAAGGAAUCCACUGAGCAGAUUAAAAGGGAGGAGGGCCAAGGAGAUUACUCCAGUCUAGAAAUUGUUGACCACUCGUUAGAGGCGUCAUUUGAGGGAACCUCUAACGAAAGGGAGGGCGAAAAAGUGGAAGGCAGUGCCGUCUCUAAUGAAAGAAUAGGGGACAAUAUCAAAGUGGAUGUCGAAGGGGGCCAACUGAUUAAUAAUCAGCCAGACUCUUUAACCAUUUCCAAGUCCAAUAUAAAAUUUUUGGAUCUUAUUGAAGAGCAAAAUGAAAAGGCCUAUAGUUUGGGGAAGCAGAACGGCGGAGAUGACGGUUCCUCGUUUCGCGAUAAGGUGGAUCGUGUGGCAGAUGAAGAGGGCGAAUCCACGAGUGAUAAAUGGAAUGGUCCAGGUGAUGCCUCCGUGAUCAGUGUGCAUGAUGGGGUGAGUGAACAGUUGGGCAAGGAGGACUACGAAGAGGAAGAUAAUCAGUAUGCAGAACGGUACGACGAACAGAACGAGGGAGGAAAGAAGGAAGAAGCUUCCAUGCAUGGCAAUCUGAACGAAGCGGAAACGAAGGAAGAACUGGAUGAUUGUGAGCCCCCCGAGCAGGAGCAUGCACCGGCCAAUAAUCCAAAUGUUACGCAGGAACUACCUCUUACCGAUCACGUGGGUGAAUCAAACGACUGCAAACUACUGCUUAGCCACGAAGGGGGAGACCAAACAUCCCUAUAUGAUAACUUAAAAUAUUAUCCCACGUUUAUCGAUCUGAAUCAGUGCAACACAUUGAAUGAAGGUGUAGACCCCAUGAUAAACGUUACAAAAAAUUCAAACGCAGUUGAGGACAGCUUGGCUGGUGAAGAAAAGGUUAACGCCUCCUAUCAUCAUCAUUAUCACCAUUAUCAGGAGGAGGAACACCUUCAUAGUGACGCCUCACAGGUGAAGAUGCCGUGGCCAGAGAACAACACCACGGAGGGGACCACUGAGCAGAUCAACGAUUGGGCAAACACGUCGAUACCCAACCCCAAUCACAUUAUUGCAAACCAGAAUGACCAAGCUGAAAAGCAAAAGGACAUCACCGUUGGGGGUAAAUCAGAAGGUGAAUCACCGAGGGGCGCAAAGGGAGACACGAAAAAGUCACAAAAAGAAUGCGACCUAUACCUUGAUGAGUUGAAUUUUUCGGAUGUACUUGAUUUUGACAUUGAUUCAAAUAAAUUUAACGCAGAGGAGUUGGAAGAGUUUGAAAAGGACCUCCUGAAUGCGUAG